UGAGAGCCCACUUGGCUGGUGGUGAAAAAGCAGCAGGCAAUAGGUAGCCAAAUUGAGUGCGUGACCAUGAUGAUAGUUUGCUUUUAAUCGCGUUCUGGGAUUGGAAACGGGGUUGCCGGAUCAGACUUUGUUGUUUUACCAAAAACCCAAGUGAUUUUUUUUGGUUUUCAUGCUGCCUACAGAGAUUUCGGGGGGAGUGUGUUUCACCUCAAGCGAUCACACGGAAGGAAGUACAGACGGGAUGAAAACUGAAGAGACCAAAUCCUGUCUUCAGCAGCCUCUGUCCUCGACGCCGUUCGGUUCUGAACUUAGAGGAGGAGAGGUGUGUGCCGGUUGCGAGUCGCCUAUCGCUGACCGUUUUUUGUUACGCGUGAAUGAACGCUCCUGGCACGAGACCUGCGUCAAGUGUGCCGUUUGUCUCAGCGUGCUUAGUGGGACCUGUUACAGCAGAGACCGCCUGCUUUACUGCAAGCACGACUAUGAAAAGCUGUUUGUGAGGAAGUGCAGCGCCUGCCUGCAGGUGAUUGGUCGCUCGGAGCUGAUCAUGCGUGUGCUGGGCCAGGUGUACCACCUGGGCUGCUUCAGCUGCUGUGAGUGCGAGCGCAGGCUCCAGCGCGGGGAUGAGUUUGUGCUGAAGGAGGGCCAGCUGCUCUGUCGAGGGGACUACGAGAAGGAACGCGAGAUGCUGGCGGCCAUCAGUCCCACCCCCACUGAGUCAGUGAAGAGUGAGGAUGAGGAUGGUGGAGGUGGUUCUGCUGGAGGAAAGGGGGGAGAUGACGGGAAGGAACACAAACGCUCAAAGCGGCCACGUACAAUCCUCACCACACAGCAACGAAGGGCCUUCAAGGCCUCCUUUGAGGUGUCCUCCAAACCUUGCCGAAAGGUUAGAGAGACCCUGGCAGCAGAGACUGGGUUGACAGUGCGGGUCGUUCAAGUGUGGUUCCAAAACCAGAGAGCAAAGAUGAAGAAGAUAGCGCGCAGGCAGCAGCAACAGCAGCAGCAGCAGGAGCAGGAGCAGCUGGGCGGGACCAGGCGAGGGCCGAGCAGAGGAGGCCGGCAGAGCAAUGAUGACAGUGAGGAUGGAUCUAGUAGUCAUGGAUUGGACGGUCUGCUGGGGUACCCCUCUCUACCACGUCAGCAGCUGUUGGCUCUGGAUCCCAACAUCUAUGGAGGAGAGCCGUUCCGUCACGGCCUCACUCCACCUCAAAUGCCCAAUGAGCAGCUGCACUCCUACGACUCCGAGACAGUGUUCCACGACCUGGACAGUGACGGAAGCCUUAGUCAUCUUGGCGACUGUCUCAUGGCAACUGCCGACGGCGGGCUUCUGACAGCGCGGGUGGGAAACCCCAUCGACCGCCUCUACUCCAUGCAGAACUCCUACUUCACCUCCUGACCCAGCUGAACUCUGACCCCGGCUCCACUCCAGCUCCGCCUCAUCACAGAGAAACAGCAGACGGGACCCCACAUGAGAGACCCCACAGUUCCACAGAGUGCAGUGGCUGCUAAAUAAACCCCAGUUGUGACGUUGUUAUUUGACAUCCCUCAUGCAGGAAAAAGAUGAAAUCCUGCCUUGUAGACUACACUCCCACUUUUCCAUAGGAAUUCAUGCACAUUUUGGAAUCACAUGCCGGAUGUGUACGGACUGAACAUUCACAGAAAGUAUAGUCAGUCCAGUCAUUCAUUUGUAUUUAUGAUGCAUCAGACAUGCUAGUCUAAAGCUACUCAUAAGCUACUCAUUAGUUAUUGUAUGGUAUCAUGGUAUAAGGGUCUCCUGUACGUAAAGGUUGCUUAAGGUCCUGUUUUGAGAUUUGUUCAAGGUCGAUACUAACGCUUUGAUUUACGCUUCGGUCUCAAUUGAUCUUUUUGUGCUUUCUAGCAAGACCAUCUUUAUAUGGGUGGCAUACCGUGGCAAAGUCAGCCAAGGGAUGUGAGAAUAUAAAUACCAGAGAGGUUACAACAGGUCUGAGAGUGAGAGACCCACCCCCACCCCCCCCCCACCCCAUCGCUGUGCAUGAGUCCUGGGAUGGCGAUGGAUCUAGGAGGUUGUGUUACAGGGUGAACCUGGAACAGUGGAACUCAGAGCCAUCUGUAUAGCUGGAUAAUAGGGACUUAGUUAUUGUACUGUAUUUGAAGGACAGAAGGGUUGUUGUAUAAUUUGCUCUCAGGUUAGAGUGUAUGUUUAUGUUACCUGAGCUCUGACUCAGGGGUUGUGAGUGAAAUAGGACCACAACACAUAAUGUUUCGACCAAUGUUCCUCAAGUGUGUUGAGGGACAUUGAUCGUAACACAUGAUGUGUCAUAAAUUCGGAUUUGUUCGAAUUUCUCUGCCAAUCAUAAACUGAUCAUUUCGACUAUAUGAAUCAAGUUCAUAUGUGCUAUGUAACAGGGUCCUUUUGAGAGCUGUACGGAAACAGGGUUGUGUAAAAGAAAGUAUCAAUUACUUUUCUGUUCUUUUUUUAUACUGUGAAGUAUUCAUUAAGUUAGCUGUUCAAUACUAAUAGGGUUCUACAAAAUAUACCAAUAUGAUGUUAUAAUGUAAAAAGUGUGUUAAAAUGACUGUGGUCGAAAUUAAUACUGCAUUAGCCUAUUAUAGUCACUGUAAUAAUUAUUUCUAUCUUAACACUUAAAAUGUAAUUGUUAACACGUUAGAUAUUUUGUACCUGCUCCUUUGAUGUUAAAUUAUUUAUGUUGUUGCAUGACAUAUUCGACAGUGUGUACGUGUGUCUAAUUCUACGGUACAAUGUUUAGACUCACCUUAGACAUAAAGCACUGAUGACUUUUUCUUAAUCCAGUCGUCUGGGACAUAACAGGCCAUGGCCGUGGCCAUUGUACUUGUAUUGGAUUAUGAACUACUAGAAGUAUAAUUUACAGACUAGAAUUUCUGUGGAUGUAAGUUUUGUGUUGUAUUUACAGGUCUGCCUUUGAAUAAUGACUGAAAGCUA